AUGAGAAGACGAAAUGACACGAUCAUCUACUCCCGCGGCAGACCAAAUCGCCGAGCGGCAAGAGGCCACGAAGACGGGGAAGGAAGAUCCGAGAGGACACGACAACCCGUGAUAAUGGGCGUCACCCCGUUCCACCGAUCUAUCCUCGAGGUCCGGUUGCCAAAACACUUCGACAAACCAACGGACAUGAGGUACGACAGAACUCAAGACCCUCUAGAACACCUCACGGCCUUUGAGGCCAGGAUGAAUCUGGAGGUAGUGGGGGACAAAGUAAGAUGCCGCGCCUUCCCGGUAACCCUAGCAGGGCCAGCGAUCAGAUGGUUUAACGGCCUCCCUCAAGGUUCCAUAUACAGCUUCUCAGACAUCAGCCGUGCAUUCCUGGCCCAAUUUACAACGCGGAUCGCGAAGGCCAAGCACCCUAUCAACCUUCUGGGGGUAACCCAGAGACAAGGAGAACCGACAAGAAGGUACUUAGAUCGGUUCAACGACGAAUGCUUGGAAAUUGACGGCUUGACCGACUCGGUGGCCAGUCUUUGCCUAACGAACGGCCUCCUCAACGAGAACUUCCGAAAACACCUUACCACGAAACCGGUUUGGACGAUGCACGAGAUCCAGACGGUAGCCAAGGAGUAUAUAAACGACGAGGAAGUCAGCCGAGUCGUGGCUGCCAAUAAGCGGCAGUCCGGUUACAGCCAAGCUCGGCAACCAGGCGACGGAGAGAGAGCAAAGGAAAAAGCUAGGGAGGAGGCAUCAAACAGGACACCUCGACCGUUCCCCCGGGUCGGGAAGUUUACUAACUACACUCCACUCACUCUCCCCAUCGUGGAGGUCUAUCAACAAAUAGCGGAGAAGGGAAUCCUACCGAAACCCCGACCACUUAAGGACCGUACGGGAGGAAAUAAGAACCUCUAUUGUGACUAUCAUAAGGGUUAUGGCCAUCAAACACAGGACUGUUUUGACUUGAAGGAUGCACUAGAACAAGUGAUAAGGGAAGGAAAGCUAGCCGCGUUCUCCCACCUCAUCAGGGAGCCGAGAAGACGUUAUCGCGAUCAAGACGAAGAAGGCAAAACCCGUGCGGCCAAGCGGCGACAAGAACCCGAAGACAGAGACCACGGCCUCACAGUGAUAAACGUGGUAACGGCCAAAAACGCCGCGCCAAGAUCUCGGUCGGCAAAGAGGAAAGACGUUAAGGUUUUGACGGUCUCAUCCCCGCCGAUGCAAAGCUCCAAGAAGCCUCCCUCCAUUUCUUUCGGCCCAGAAGACCAAUGGUUCAACGACGCCCCGGAAAACCCCCCCAUGGUCAUCACGGCCAGAGUGGGAACCGGCCUCGUCAAACGGAUCCUCGUCGACACAGGGGCUGAUUCGAAUAUCAUGUUCCGCAACGUGUUCGACGCACUAGGGCUAAAAGAUGCCGACCUGACGACUCACCAGCACGGGGUCAUCGGGUUGGGCGACCACUUCAUCAAACCAGACGGAGUAAUAUCCCUACCAAUCUCGGUGGGGCAAGCCCAAGGUCGAAGAUCGGCGAUGGCCGAAUUCGUAAUCCUCCGAGACUCCACUGCCUACAACAUCAUCUUGGGAAGAAAGACAAUCAACGAUUUCGAGGCCAUAAUCAACACAAAGCUGCUGGUCAUGAAGUUCGUUACCGACGACGGGUCAAUAGGGACCAUAAGGGGAGACCUCGAGACGGCGGUCGCUUGUGACAACGCCAGCCUCUCCCUUAGAAAGAAGUCCAAGGAAGCAUCCGGUGUGUUCCUAGCCGACCUUGAUGCCAGACUGGACGACAAGCCGAGGCCAGAGCCAGAGGGGGAUCUGGAGAAGUUUAGAAUUGGUGACGAAGUGGAAAAGUUCACAUUCGUUAACAAGAACCUCCCACAUGAGUUGAAGGAGCCCUUGAUCGAAAUGAUAAGAGCCAAUAGUGACUUGUUCGCCUGGACCCCAGCCGACAUGCCGGGCAUAGACCCAAAAAUCAUCUCACAUCAUCUAGCCGUCAAGACGGAAGCACGCCCGGUGGCCCAACGGAGGAGAAAGAUGUCGGCAGAAAGAGCAGAGGAGGUGGCCAGGCAAUCGGCCAGCCUCCUAGAAGCAGGCUUCAUACGGGAAGUGGACUACUCGACAUGGCUCUCGAAUGUGGUAUUGGUGAGAAAACACAACGGCAAGUGGAGAAUGUGCGUGGACUACUCUGACCUUAACAAAGCAUGCCCCAAAGAUUGUUUCCCCCUACCAAACAUAGAUGCGCUCGUCGAUGCCGCGGCGGGAUAUCGGUACCUCAGUUUCAUGGACGCCUACUCCGGUUACAAUCAGAUACCGAUGCACCGUCCUGACGAAGACAAGACGGCGUUCAUAACGCCAGGAGGAACCUUCUGCUACAAGGUAAUGCCAUUCGGCCUGAAAAAUGCGGGGGCAACAUAUCAAAGGCUAAUGAACAGGAUAUUCCACGACCUCUUAGGGAAAACAGUCGAAGUCUACGUGGACGACAUCCUGGCAAAAACAAUACGACCUGACGACCUCCUGAACGACCUGGCAAGGGUAUUCGCGUCCCUCUGUCAACACGGUAUGCGGCUGAAUCCUCUCAAGUGCGCCUUCGCCAUGGAAGCUGGCAUGUUCCUGGGAUUCAUGAUAACUCAGAGAGGGGUAGAAGCCAACCCGGAGAAAUGCCAGGCAAUACUCCAGAUGAAGAGCCCGGGUUGUAUCAAGGACGUCCAGAGGUUGGCAGGGCGGUUGACCUCAUUAUCCCGAUUCCUCGGAGCUUCGGCAACAAAGGCCCUGCCAUUCUUUAACCUCAUGAAGAAAGGGAUGGCGUUUGAAUGGACGCCCGCAUGUGAAGAGGCCUUUCGGCACUUCAAGGAAAUCCUGGCGGCACCACCCGUCCUCGGGAAGCCAAAGGACGGGGAACCACUAUACCUAUACCUCGCCAUAACGGGUGAAGCCCUAGCCGCAGUUCUGGUACGGGAGGACGGAAAAGCUCAACAGCCAGUCUAUUUCAUAAGCAGGGCCUUACAAGGGGCGGAAUUAAGAUAUAGCAGGUUGGAAAAACUAGCCCUAGCACUUCUAACCUCCUCACGAAGGUUAAAGCAGUACUUCCAGAGCCACCAAGUUGUCGUCAGGACGGACCAAGGGAUCCGACAAGUACUCCAAAAACCCGAUCUGGCGGGAAGAAUGAUGACUUGGUCUAUCGAACUCUCCCAGUAUGACAUACAAUACGAACCCCGGCAAGCCAUCAAGGCGCAGGCGAUGGCAGAUUUUCUAGUUGAAGUAACGGGGGAUCCAAGCGAAGAAGUGGGUACACGGUGGAAGCUCCAUGUGGACGGAGCCUCCAACCAGACCUUCGGAGGUGCCGGGAUCAUCCUGGAAAGCCCGAUUGGGGUUGUAUACGAACAGUCGGUCAGAUUCGAGUUUCCCAUCUCGAACAACCAAGCAGAAUAUGAAGCCCUAAUAGGAGGCCUAGCCCUAGCAGCAGAAGUCGGCGCAAGAAGACUAGAAAUAUGCAAUGAUUCCAAAGUCGUCACCUCCCAAGUAAACGGUAGCUACCAAGCCAAAGACCCUUUGUUACAGAAGUACUUGGAAAAGGUCAAAAGCUUGAGCCAAAAGUUCGAAGAGGUCACGGUCCACCACGUACCUAGAGAAAGGAACACACGGGCAGACCUCCUAUCAAAGUUAGCCAGCACAAAACCGGGAGAGGGGAACCGAUCUCUCAUCCAAGGCAUGACAAGAGAACCAGCAAUCACACUGCACAUGACAAUCCUAGGUUCUUCAUGGCUAGACCCCAUCACCGACUUCCUAGAACACGGCAAACUCCCUAGUGAUGAAAAAGAUGCGGCGAAAUUGAGAAGGGAAGCGGCCAAAUACGCCGUCAUCCAAGGACAGCUGUUUAGAAAAGGGCUCAACCAACCACUACUGAAGUGUCUACACCUCGACCAGACGGACUACGUCCUCAGGGAAGUCCACGGGGGCUGCUGUGGGCACCACAUCGGGGGCAAGGCCCUAGCAAGGAAACUAAUCCGAGCCGGAUACUAUUGGCCGUCGAUGAUGGCGGACUCCAAAGAGUUUGUCAAAAAAUGCGUAAAAUGCCAACAGAACGCCAACUUUGCCAGGGCGCCGGCCUCCGAGUUAAGAUUGCUAACUGUCUCCCGCCCAUUCUCCCAAUGGGGAGUCGACCUCUUAGGGCCUUUCCCAGUAGGCCCUGGGAAAUUCAUGUGGAGGCAGGUGAUAACGCGAUUCGGGAUACCAGAAGUCGUCAUCUCGGACAACGGCACGCAAUUUACCGACAAAAAGUUCACAGAAUUUCUCAAGGGCCUGGGUAUAAGGCAAAGGUUCUCUUCGGUAGAGCACCCUCAGACGAACGGACAAGUGGAGUCCGCCAACAAGGUUAUCCUUUCAGGGUUAAAAAAGAGGUUGGACAAUAAAAAGGGUGCUUGGGCCGACGAAUUAGCAGCGGUUCUCUGGUCAUACCGAACAACUGAGCAAUCCUCCACUAAGGAAACUCCCUUCCGACUAAUGUACGGGGUGGACGCAGUAAUACCCGUAGAGAUCGGUGAGCCGAGCCCGUGGUUACUUUUGAAAGGAGUGAAGGAAACCGUAGAAAAAGACCUGGUAGAUGAAGCCAGGGAAAUGGCCCAUUUGACAGAAACGGCGCUAAAACAAAGAAUGGCUCUACGCUACAACACCAAAGUACUCAAGAGAGAAUUUGAGCCAAACGACCUCGUCCUGAGGCGAAAUGAUAUCGGCCUGCCGACCCCUGGAGAAGGCAAGCUAGCGGCAAACUGGGAAGGCCCCUACAGAGUCAAAAAAGUGAUGGGAAAAGGAGCCUUCAAGUUAGAAAGGCUUGACGGCAAAGAAGUCCCGAGAACCUGGAAUGCGGACAACCUAAGAAGAUUCUACUCCUAG